AUGACCGACCUAGAGACCUCGAUGGCGACCAUCAUCGCGGUAUUUCAGAAGUACUCGGAGAGAGAAGGAGACAAACGCAAACUGAAGAAGAGCGAGCUGAAGGACCUGCUUCACGAUGAGCUGCCAGACCUGAUGGCGCAUGUGAAAGACCAGGCCACGCUGGACAGCCUGAUGGAAAGCCUGGACACCGACGGCGACGCCGAGUGUGACUUCCAGGAGUUCAUGACAUUCAUCUCCGUGGUUACCGUCUGUUGCCACGAGUUUUUCGAGCAUGAGGACGAGUGA